AUGUCCGCACAAACCUAUCAACAUUAUCGCCAAACGACGGUUGGAAGCGCUUUACAAGAUGUGCUAGAGGAAUACGUACGUGAUGGACGAAUCAACGAACAUCUACGAAACAAGACGCUUGCCGUUUUCGAUAACGUCAUGAGCAACGCGCUUCACGAUAUGGGAAAACAUAAGGCGUCGUUCAUGGGCGAGAAGUUGGUCGCGUACCGUUUUUGUGAUAACGUGUGGACGCUUAUUGUCAAGAACGUCACAUUCACUGACCAAACACGCACGUUCGAUACGAUUGGCAAGGUGGAGCGGAUCAAGAUCGUGGCGUGCGACGGACGCGAGGCGACCCAGAUGGCCCGACGUGGACCGACCGGCGCG